AUGUCUGGAGAAAAACGUCCCGCGCAGGCGGCUUUUGGCUCGGCCAACCAGCUCGUCGUCAAGAGGAAUAAGCCCGAUGCAGAGCUCAAUCCCGGCACUGCGGUGGUCAAGGGCUCGUCUCAGAGCGGAGCUCUUGUGCAAUCGGUCCCGCGCACCAGCGGACUAGAUGCGCCCAUCAUGGAACUGACAGGGCAUUCCGGAGAAGUCUUCGCCGUCCGAUUCGACCCCAGCGCCCAACACAUCGCAUCCGGCUCAAUGGACCGGUCAAUCUUACUCUGGAACACAUACGGCCAAUGUGAAAACUACGGCCAACUAACCGGCCACCGCGGCGCAGUCCUAGACCUUCAAUGGGCACGCGACUCCCGAGCCCUCUUCUCCGCCUCCGCCGACAAAACCCUCGGAAGCUGGGACGUCGAAACAGGCCAGCGCGUCCGCAGACACAUCGGCCACGAAGAGAUAAUCAACUCCCUAGACAUCAGCAAGCGCGGCCAAGAACUACUCAUCAGCGGCAGCGACGACGGUUGCAUCGGCAUCUGGGACCCGCGCCAAAAAGACGCGCUGGAGUAUCUAGAGACAGAGCUUCCGAUCACAAGCGUCGCGCUGUCCGAAGCCGGCAACGAGAUUUACAGCGGCGGCAUCGAUAACACCAUUCACGUCUGGGAUCUGCGCAAGAAGGCCGUCGUGUACUCCAUGACCGGCCACAAUGAUACCAUCACCUCUUUACAGAUUUCGCCCGAUGGGCAGAGUCUGCUGUCCAACUCGCACGACUCGACGGUGCGGACGUGGGAUAUUCGGCCCUUUGCGCCGGCGAAUCGGCAGCUUCUUACGUUUGAUGGGGCGCCGGUGGGGCUGGAGAAGAAUCUUAUUCGCGCGAGCUGGGAUCCGAAGGGCGAGAAGAUUGCUGCUGGGAGUGGGGAUCGGAGUGUUGUUGUUUGGGACGCGAAGACGGGGAAACUUCUUUACAAGCUUCCUGGUCACAAGGGGACGGUCAACGAUGUGCGAUUCUCGCCGAACGACGAGCCUAUUGUCGUCUCUUGCUCCUCCGAUCGCAACCUCAUGCUCGGCGAGCUUGGCAAGUGA